GCUCGAGAGGCCCCGGGGCGACCCCUCGCCGCCUGCCCCGCGGCGCGGCCUUCUGCCGCGCUCUGGCCGGGCUGCCGCUGCCCCGCGCCUGCGCGUUCCGCCGCGAUGGGCGCCGCGUCGGCCCACGCCUGCUACUGCGAGGAGUCGGAGUUCCACACCAAGUACACCCUUGGAAAGAUGCUUGGCAAGGGGUCCCAGGGAAAGGUGUACGUCUGCAUGAGCAAGGAGACCGGCCAUACGAGGGCGGUGAAGAUCAUCGACCGCAGCUGGAGGACCGCCUGGGCGACCUACCGACGGGAGGUGGAGCUGUGUAAGGCGGCGAGCGCGAGCAACGUGAUCGAAGUUCUCGAGGAGUUCGUUGACUCGGCGUACUGCUAUGUCGUCAUGGAGAAGUUCGAGGGACAUUUGCGGAAGGGUAUGAAGUGGGUCGCCAAGGAGC